UUCACCUUUCGCUCUAAACCUCCUCUCCUCUCUCUCACUUGCUUCCCUCACGCUUUCAUGAUGCACGCAUUAAAUCUUGUCUGUGCUGUUGCUAUCUCGGUGCUUGCUGUUAGAGCACAAGACCUUCUCACCGACAUCGCCAAGAUUCAAAGAUACUGGGGUCAAAUCUCACCUUACGCUGACAACCCUGAGGAUCAUUUCGGUGUUAGAUUUGUUGGUCUUCCGGACGGUUGUCAGAUUGAAUCAGUUCAAACUCUCCAACGCCACGCGCAGCGAUUUCCCACAGGCUCUAUUGAUGACGGGGAGAAUGAUCAACGAUUUUCAAUAAAGCUUUCCAACUUAACCUCUUCUUCCAACUCCACGGGAUCAUUCGCAGGUCCCUUGAGUUUCUUGAACACAUACCGAUAUCCAAUCGUCGACACUGGACUUCUCACGGGAAUUGGAGCAACAACGGAACUUGCAUCUGGUGUUUCAUUCUGGAACAGAUACGGCCGAACCUUAUAUAAUGCCACCGUUGGGCAAAUUGCGUAUAAUUCCAGCUUCCCUGAUGGAACUGAUCGAGCUCCUGUAGUGUUGAGGACUACUGGGUUCUUCGGAUCAAGCUUCCCUAUUGUUCCAAAUCCAACAUUUGCGAAUGUUACCAAACCCUACAAGGUGGUGAUUAUUCCCGAGGGAGGGACUGAAAACAACAGCCUAGCUUCAUAUGACAGCUGUUUUAACGUCAACGAUGCUACGACUGGGGUCCUUGGAGACCUGGACCUGUUCACGUAUCUCCCCAAGUAUUUGACGGCUGCAACAGCCAGACUGCAGAAGCAUGCACCGGAGGGGCUCACACUCACUGUCAAUGAUACCUACGCAAUGCAAAGCAUCUGUGCAUACGAACACGGAUACCUUGGGAUGUCUGAUUUCUGCGAGCUCUUCACUGCUGAUGAAUGGGCUGGCUUUGAGAACACAUUGGACGUGGAGUACUACUACGACUACGCUUUCGGAAACCCAACGGGUCGUGCCCAAGGACUUGGAUAUCUUCAAGAACUUCUCGCAGGUUUGAAUCGCACCCUUAUCUCGAGCUCGUCCAGCUCAGUCAAUUCAACACUCGAUGGAGAUGCAACAACCUUCCCAACUAACCAGCCUUUCUACGCCGACUUCUCACAUGACGACAUCAUCAUUUCCGUCCUGACUGCUAUGUCGCUUGAUUACAUCCGUGACCCACCAAGUUUGACGCAGUUUCCACCCAAUCCACAUCGACACUUCAUACUCUCACACUUGACUCCUUUCGGCGCACGUCUCAUCACCGAGACCAUCGGCUGCUCGUUGUCGGACCCAGCACCAGUGGAGAAAUCCAGAGUAUCGUACACCCCUGGUCAAUACGGAUACAAUGCCUCCAAUGCAACCCAUAAAUUCGUCAGGAUGCGGUUGAACCACAGAAUCUUGCCCCUCAACACAAUUAGAGGAGGAGCCUGUGGAAAUUAUAUCUCGGGGAGAGUUGAUGGGAUGUGCGCCUUGGGGGAUUUUAUGAGGAGCCAACAGAACAACACUGUGAUGGCAAACUACAACUACUCUUGCUUUGGGAAUUACACUAUCACAGAUCCGACGAGUGGCAAGGACUUUGAUGGGGCCAUCUUUCAGUGAAUGAGCUGGCUUUGGGGUGACUGGACAGUGAAUCGAGAUAUGGUUCCAACUGCCUGCUCAAUAUUAAGAACCCUCGCCCUGUGUUCUCGACUUCAGAACUUCCUUUCUUUGGCAGAGCUACAGUAGUUUUCUGUGAUAAGCUGGGACGAGGGUCCACAUGCCUAUCCCGGCGUCCCGCCCCCAUUUUAAGCGUUGCACACUCCUGAAAACCCAGUUCCCAUGUUUAGAAUCUAGAACCGAC